AUGAUUUUCUUAUCCAAAUAUUUCAAUUAUUCUUUACCAGAAAGCACAGAAAUCUCAUCAUUCUCAGAUCAAAUAGGAGAGAAUGAAUUCAUUUUAGAAGCGUCAGAGUUGGAAAAAUUCGUAAAAAAAUUUAAUUUGAAUUACGGAUACAACUUUAUAGGUGGAGAAUUUGUGCGAGCUAAAGAGCAAGCUUUUACGGUUAAAAAAAGUGUAUUGAAGCAUAAGACAUCUGUACUCCAUAAUGAAGUUACCCAUUCAAAAAACUCAAAUUUAAAUACAACAAAAAGCUUGGUUUUUGGUUUAGGCGGAAAUUUUGAAAAUUUUGCCAAAUUUGGAAUAAAAUAUGAAACAGCAAAAUCUGGCGAAAGUUAUACCGAAGAUUCCUUAAAACUAAUUUAUCGUGAGACCAGCAUAGCUGAGAUUGAAAUCAGUGAUUAUGAAAUGUCAUCAAAAUUCAAGAAUGCGUUAGAUGACUUCAUCACCUCAAAGGACUGUGAUAAACUUGAAGAAAUUAUGGACAAUUUCGGUCGCAUUAUGCCAAUGAAAGUUCGUCUUGGAAGUGGUGAAUAUUUUAAGUCUAAAAUUUCUAAAGAUAAAAAUUCAAUUGACACAACUAAAGGUAUAGAUGUAAACUUAUUUGCCGGUACUAAUGGGGUUGGAUUAGAAACUAACUACCAGGAUAGGAUCAGCAGCAAAUAUGGAAACGAGAAAAAUAAACAAGUUGAAUUUUUUGAAAGUUAUGGCGGUAACGAUUUUAAAUCAUGUGAACCAUGUGGAUAUGGUGAUAUUAAAGGUAUAUUUGAAUUAUUGAAUGACGGAUACCAAGAAAUGUUGGUCGAAGCCAGGGGAACGGUGAUUUUGUACACAAAUAUAGGACAAGAGAUAAAAUUUAGCCGUAAUGAUUAUGAAGUUUGCUUUGAAAUGGCGAAGAUACCAAAGGAAAAAAUAAAGUCAUCUUUUAGUAAACUUAACUUAAAGGAUUUCAAAGUAUUUCCAACAUUAAUCAACAUAAACGAUGAAAAUAAUUUUACUAUUCGACUUAAUCGUUCUGCUCCAGAUAAAAAUCCAAUGUUAAUAAUUCACCGUAUUUAUGGGGUUCGUGAGCAAUGUGGUUUAAAAGUAGGCUUAAUCGUAGUUGGUUAUUGUCGGAGUAUAGAACAUCUCAUCAAUAGUUUGGAUAAAAUAAAAUUAGAAACUUCUAGAGUUGAGAUUGUGCAGGAAAUUUCACAGCCAGUCCACAGAUCUCUAUACGAUGUAAAAGGAUUUCCAGUAGGAAUUCCUGAAACUUGUGAUAGUAAUAUCAAAACCAAUUUGGUAGUUGGGCAUCAUUUUUACAAAUCUAACAAUGACGGUAACUUUAACAUGCAUGUUUUUGGAUGUAGUUUAAAAGCAUCAGAGUCUUGCAGACUUCCAGAAAGAAUCAAUAUUAAUACCUUUUACGUACCAGCUGCUUCGUGUGAUGAUCAAGAUUUAGAG